AUGAGGAAAGUGAUUCAUCAGAUGAGCGUGAGUACGAAAAAAGAAGGCGAAGAAGCGGCAGUUUCCAGGUAUGUGAAAGAAGAGUACGUUGAUGAAAACGUGCGAUCACCUAGCCCUAAACGUGGUCCCUUGAGAAGACGUGAUGUCAGAGAAGAUGAAGAAAGUCACGAGAAAGAACAGUGUCCACCAGGAGAUCCGGGCCAGUACGAUAUUGAGAGUGCCAAUAUGUACGACACAAUCAAAAGAGAAAGGAAAACUGUCACUCCUACGCCUCUUCUUACCUCUCCAACUUCUAUUAAUGGGAAUCACCCCAAGAGGGCUAGUGAGACUGCUCGGAGCUUGCGCCAUGCAAAUAGAGAAAGGAUUUCGACUGGUGAUGUCGUGAAGGACGAACCUAAUGGUGAAGUGGAAGGAAGCCAGUCUAGCGAAGAGACUGACGAGGACGAUGAAGAAAAGACUCCCGAACCUCGCCAGUAUUCGUUAAGGAAAAUCCGACAGCCGGUUGAUCGAUUCGCAGCUACGGUGACAUUAAAAGAAAGCCAUAGGCGCCGACGUGACCGCAGUGACUCUUCUUCCACUUCGUCCAGUGAUAGCAGUGAUGAUCGAAUCAGAACUCGCAAUGAUGAUCUACGAUUUGAACGACGGAAAGAGAGAAGCCUAGCGAAAGCCCGUGAUCGCUAUAUGCCCAUCAACCUCAAUGCUAAAGAUUUAACGGCAAGCCAAGCGGUAAUACGAGAACGUCUGCGCCAAACAGGUGGAUCAUGUACGGACAUAGACCCGAUGAGCAUUGACAGAGGCAUAGGGUUUGAACAGGUGGGAGGACUAGGAGCUCAUAUUCAAUCGCUGAAAGAGGUUGUGCUGUUCCCAAUGUUGUAUCCGGAAAUAUUCAAGCAGUUUAAUAUAAUGCCUCCCAAAGGAGUUGUUUUCUAUGGACCACCAGGAACGGGAAAAACUUUGAUGGCUCGUGCACUGGCCAAUGAAUGCUCCAGAGGGGGCAAAAAGGUCGUCGUCAUUGGCGCCACCAAUCGUCUGGACACGUUAGAUCCAGCUCUGCGACGUCCAGGACGAUUUGAUAGGGAACUGAAGUUUUCUCUUCCCGACGCAAAUGCAAGGUAA